AUGGGCCACCAACAUCAUCGUCGGUCCACCUCGCUGGUGACGCCAUUCCACGACUUUUCCCUGCGUGUGAGCGACUUGCACGACAGCGAUCUGGCUGUCAACAUCCGGAGACACCAUGCAAGCAACGAGAUUGAACGUGCUCUGGCUCGUCUUUACGAUGUCGUCAAGGACAACGAGGCAAUCAAUGGCAUCAACGGUCCUCUGAAGCCAUGGAAUAUGCCAUCAUCCGCUGGCACUUCGGGCUUGUAUCAGCAACGGCAUUCAUCUCGGCCGACGAGUCCAUACACACCGCCCCGUACGCCCAACAUCAGUGCGGGCGCAACUGCUGUGCGAGCAGAACUACAAGCACGCAUCAGUGAUCUUCGCCAGAAGCUCGAUCAGGCCAACGAACUCAUUAGCACUCUUCGGCAUGAUCUCGAUGUUGUCAGAGUAGGUCUUGCCAAUGCUAAGAAGGACGCGAACCGAUUGGGAGACAAUUUGUCAGAUCGAAACAGCACGAUCGCCGACCUCAGAGAGAAAGUGGCUAGGCAGCAUCAGAAAAUGGAACGAGAGCGGCACUCGCGUUCGCCGCCAUCAGUUGAUGCUCGCCGGCAAAGUAUGUAUGUCAACCGGCAUGCUGACGACAACCAUAAUGCUGCCGGAACCUCAUCCACGCGUCGCCAAAGCACUUAUCACAACCGGCAUGACGACAUCAAUAACGCUCAGAUGGAUGGAAAUGCUCCCAAAGCGAGCAGUGGCAUACGAGACCCACGCUCCAAGACCCAAUUGAAGUUGGACUUGGCGACGGACACAUACAAUGACCCAAGUCUGCGUCUCAAGGAGACCAGAGAAGCACAGCUUAUUCUCUGCGCUGUGUUACGAGAAACAAAACACGGUAAGAAAAUAGAGGAGGCACGCGCCAGGCAUACCACGUAUAGCGUGGCCAUCGACGAUCUUGCUGCGAUGAAAGUCAUGCAAGACAACGACAGAGACUGGGUCUUCCUCAACGCGUUAGGCUUAUCGUCAACUCUUGCUGAGCUUGGCCAGUACAAGGCUGCCGUCCAGAAACUCACGGAGUGUGAGCGAGCGAGCCGCCUUAUGACACCUGAUCUGCAAGACCGGCUCGCUCAAACAACUCUCGUCAUUGUCGAUAUCUGCAUCGACGCUGAUCUACCAGAACUCGCUACUUCAGCAUUUGAACUCGUCUACCCGUCUCGCCGAAACACUACGGUCCCCAACACAGUGCCAGCGGAACUCCUUGCCAACCUAGGUACAGCUUUGUUCCCCUCAUCCUCUGGCACACAACCCACAGCAAAGCGCUUCCUACAGCAGGCAUACGCACGACGACGCGAGCUGGACAAGCCCGCCCAACGUACCGUCGGCUACCUGCUUGCCCUUGCGGCAGAGCGCCAACACCAGUGGCGUGAAGCUGAAAGCCUCCUAACCAAUCUGCCUCCAUCCAGCCGCUAUGUAAAUUUGCAACAUGAUCAACGCACGCAGCAGCCGACCGAGAACGCCGUCUUGGCUCUACUCGCCCACGUGCAACUUCACCUAGAAGAGUACACUUCGGCCGAACGACAUGCCAGGGAUCUGUACACCAAGCACGGUAUCCGCUGGCGUGGCUCGUUCCAUCCUGCGAACACGCUCAUUCAAGUACUAGCCAUGAGCUCCGGUGACAGGAGCCAGCGAUUCCAAGAAGCCCACGCGAUCUGGCAGAAGAUCUAUGCCGACAUCGUUCUUGGCGAUUCGAAUGUCACUGACCGUGAGAAGUGGAAGGCGAAAUUGCUCGGACAUUCGGACGCGGGCGAAGUGCUGGCAAGGGAAUGGACGGUAAGUUGUGAGAGAAGAGGCAAGGUGGCGAGAACGGCAGAGCAGGUCGCGGGCGAGGUGAGGCUGUUGAGAGAUAUGGUUCGCUGA